AUGUUGAACGAUAACCUCAAUACAUACAGUAUUGCUGAUUCCAUCAGACAAGUAAGAUAUUAUUUCGAUCAAGUUGAUGGGGCAGUUCCUAUUGGAGAUACUAACCAUAGAUAUGUCCCAACAAAAGUGCCAGCUAUGCCGACAAAUACUAUUGAUAACGGUUAUAUUACAUUUAACAUAUCACCACCUGGUGAGAACAUGAUUGACUUAUAUAAUACGUUCAUUAGUGGUUAUGUCGAUGGUGAGUGCAUAAUUACAACAGAAACUGAACCAGCUGAUGAAAAAGUUCCUAAAUAUGAUGGUGAAGUAUAUAAAGAAAGAGCUGUUGAGACAGCUCCUACAGGAUCAAAUGUUACAGCAAUUAAAGCAAUUGAUACUAAAUAUGCUGGUGGCAAAUCAUGUGCACAUCUUCCAGCAAUUUGGUU